AUGCCAUCCUUAAUCAACUCAGCCGCCAGACGGCGAUGCGGCCAGAUUGUUGGCAUCGAAACAUGUUUCUCGUCCAGCGCCACUCCAAGAACUUCCACAACACCUCCCAUCCACAGACGAUGGGCUUCCAAUGAGACGGCACAGCCCGCGACCAGCGCUGCAGAGAUCACCCGGGCGAGAGCAUACUGUUUGGAUCUGCUGAGAAAGUACGACACUCCAUCAUCCCUGCUCCUUCCUUAUAUCCCUGCUCCAUCUCGCAAUGCAUACAUUGCCCUUCGCGCUUUCAAUAUCGAUGUCGCCCGAACAGCGGACACAACUUCGACCCCGACGAUUGGUGCAAUGCGACUGCAAUUCCAGCGGGACGCCGUAACCAAGGCACUGGCGGGCACGCCACCAAAACAGCCCAUUGCAUUGCUCCUUGCCCAAGCAGCAGAGGAACUCUCAAUCAAAACCGAUGGCAGGUCCAAGUUUAGCAAAAGCUGGUUUACUCGUGUGAUAGAUACGCGAGAAAAGUACUUGUCCAACCCGCCAUACCCGAGCAUUGCCACGCUGGAGAGCUAUGCGGAGAACACAUAUAGCACCCUGCUGUAUCUGACGUUGCAAUCUCUCCCCAUGGCGAGCUUGACGGCGGACCAUAUUGCUUCCCACAUUGGCAAGGCGAUUGGUAUCUCGGCCGUCCUGCGAGGAAUCCCUUUGAUUGCCUUCCCUGGGCCUGCCAACUCGCACAGCAACCAAGGCCAGUUCGCGGGCGAUGUUGGCGCAACUCGCCAGGGCGCAGUCAUGCUACCUCUGGAUAUCAUGGCGAAGUGCAACGUGCGAGAAGAAGAUGUUCUCCGCAACGGUGCGACGGCCCAUGGCCUCCGAGAUGCUGUUUUUGAGGUUGCCACCCGCGCGAACGACCAUCUCAUUACAGCCCGGCAAAUGUUGGCCAAUGUGCAUGCUGGACAAGAUGCUGGCCAUGAAUACGAGCACCAAGAUGAAGAGGAGCACAUCCACCUACCGUCCACUGGGGUUGUCGAGACACAGGCACAGGAGGUUGAACGAGCCUUUGGAGUCUUCAUGCCCGCCAUCCCAACCCAGCUCUGGCUUGACAAGUUGCAGAAGAAUGACUUUGACGUUUUCAGCCCCAAGUUGAGGGUCACUGAUUGGAAGCUACCGUGGAAGGCAUACUGGGCAUACAAUCGUCGGAAGUUGUAA